AUGGCUGCAAAUCUUAUAAAUGAGCAGCUUCAGUCCAAAGAAGACGAAGAAGCAGUCCCUGAAGAAAUAUGGAAGUAUGUUUUUGGUUUCACUCCCAUGGCUGUCGUCAAGUGUGCCAUCGAGCUUGGGAUACCCGAUAUCCUCGAGAACCAUGAAAUGCCAGUGACGCUUGCUGAGUUGGCGUCCGAGCUUCGAUGUUCACCGUCUUCGUUGCAUCGGAUAAUGAGGUUCUUGAUCCAGUACAAGAUAUUUCAAGAAAAGGCAGUAUCGGAAACAUCUGUCGGGUAUGCUCAGACCCCAUUGUCGCGUCUUCUAACGAAGCAUGGACAGCGUAGCAUGGCGGACUUCGUGCUGUUAGAGAGCAGUCCGGUCAUGCUAGCUCCAUGGCACAAGCUAAGUGCUAGGGUUUUGGGCAAUGAAGAAUCAGCGUUUGGGGCAGCGCAUGGCGGCGACGUGUGGGGAUUCGCAGCCGGAAAUCCUGGUCAUAGUAAGCUCAUUGAUAAUGCAAUGGCAUGUGAUGCUCGGCUGGCGGUGAAGGCGGUGACGAAUGGUUGUCCAGAGGUGUUCGAGGGGGUGACGACGGUGGUAGAUGUUGGUGGUGGUGAUGGGACUGCUCUACGUUUGAUCGUGGAAGCUUGUCCUUGGAUCAAAGGGAUCAAUUUCGAUCUCCCUCAUGUGGUGUCAGUGGCUCCUACGUCUACCGGGGUCGAACACGUCGGAGGGAAUAUGUUUGAUCAUGUUCCAAAAGCCGAUGCCGCUUAUUUAAUGAAAGUGCUGCACGAUUGGGGAGAUGAAGAAUGCAUUGAGAUACUAAGAAAAUGCCGAGAGGCUAUUCCUCACGAUACAGGAAAGGUGAUUAUUGUAGAGGCGAUUGUAGGACAGGAAAAUCACGAGUUUAAAGAUGUGGUAUUGAUGCUUGACAUGGUCAUGAUGGCUCAUACGACUAAAGGGAAAGAACGGACGUUGAAAGAAUGGUCUUACGUGUUGCAUGAGGCUGGAUUCAAUCGUUACACUACGAAACAUAUUAAGUCCUAUCAUUCCGUCAUCGAAGUUUACCCAUAAUCCAUCUUCGAGUCUUUUUAUUUCGUUCUUCUAAUAAUCAAAUGAUUUCAAAUUUCAACAUAG